GGGGGGCGGGAAGCGCUUCGCGGCUGCGGAGCCCAUGUCGGCCCUGAGGCGCUCGGGCUACGGCCCCAGCGACGGCCCUUCGUACGGCCGCUACUACGGGCCCGGGGGAGGCGAUGUCCCGGUGCACGUACCUCCGCCCUUGUACCCUCCGCUUCGCCCCGAGCCUCCCCAGCCUCCGGUUUCCUGGCGGGGGCGCGGGGGCGCCCCGGCCGAGACCACCUGGCCGGGAGAAGGCGCAGGUGGCGAUGGCUACUACCCCUCUGGAGGCGCCUGGGCAGAGCCGAGCAGAGCCGCGGGAGGCCACCAGGAGCAGCCACCAUAUCCUGGCUACAAUUCUAACUACUGGAAUUCUGUGAGAGCGCGGGCCCCAUACCCAAAUUCAUAUUCUGUGAGACCAGAGUUACAAGGCCAGGGUGUGAAUUCUUACGCAAAUGGAGCAUAUGGUCCCCCAUACCCUCCAGGCCCUGCAGCAAGCAGUGCCUCAUACUCUGGGGCUUAUUAUGUACCUGGGUAUACUCAGAGCAAUUACUCCACAGAAGUUCCAAGCACUUACCGGUCACCUGGGAACAGCCCAACCCCAGUUUCCCGUUGGGUAUAUUCCCAGCAGGACUGUCCAACAGAAGCACCUCCUCUGAGGAGUCAGGUUCCAGGAUAUCCUGCCUCCCAGAACCCUGGAAUGACACUGCCCCAUUAUCCUUAUGGAGAUGGCAACCGCACUGUGCCACAGUCAGCAGGGACUGUACGGCCUCAAGAUGAUGCAUGGGCUUCUGGUGCUUAUGGGAUGGGCCCCCGUUACCCCUGGCCUUCAGCUGCACCCUCAGCACCCCCUGGCAAUCUCUACAUGACGGAAAGUGCUUCACCAUGGCCUGGCAACAGUUCUCCUCAGCCACCCCCUUCACCACCACCCCAACAACCUAAGGAUUCCUCAUACUCCUAUAACCAGUCCGGUCAAGGCAUGAACAGGCACAACUUCCCUUGCAGUGUCCAUCAGUAUGAGUCUUCGGGAACAAUGAACAAUGAUAAUUCAGACCUUUUGGAUUCUCAAGUCCAGUAUAGUGCUGAGCCUCAGUUGUAUGGUAAUGCCGCCAGUGAACAUCCCAGCAGUCAAGUUCCGAGUAAUAAUCUCUCUGAAGAGUGUUUCUCUACAGAUGAAGGCACUCCUCCAAGUAUUAAAAAGAUCAUCCAUGUGCUGGAGAAGGUCCAGUAUCUUGAACAGGAAGUAGAAGAGUUUGUUGGAAAAAAGACAGACAAAGCUUACUGGCUUCUGGAAGAAAUGCUGACAAAGGAACUUUUAGAACUGGAUUCUGUGGAAACUGGAGGCCAGGACUCUGUUCGUCAGGCCAGGAAAGAAGCUGUUUGUAAGAUCCAGGCCAUACUGGAAAAAUUAGAAAAGAAGGGAUUAUGAAAUAAUGUGGAAUGAAGGGGUAAGCCUGUUAUUAAUUUGGCCAAAGAACUCUUUAAUUUGGUUCAUUACUAUCUUUGUAAAGCCUGUUAUGACAAGAAGCAACACAUUCCAGCUUUCUUCUGACCUAAAACAUGAAAGGAGGGGAAAAAAGGGGAAGCUGGCAGAGGAAUGGAAGAAUACCAGCUACAAGAUUCUUUUCAGCUUUCGGGUGACUGAACACAGUAAGAACCUGGAACCAUCAGCUUUGCCAAGUAGACCCUCUCCUCACUUCAUGGAUGUCUAUAGGCUGCUUCUCAUCAAACCACAGGAGGGAAUAGACACUAUUAACAGGUUUUCAAAGACAUGUCUGGGACACACAGGCUGUUUUGUAAGCAUCUGGACUGUCACAUUUUUGUGCAUUGUGGCUGCAUAUACUUCAUGUGUAUAUUCUAGCUUAGACUCUUGGACCUCUGUUUUGUUUUGUUAUUUGCAGGUCACAAAUGUAAUACUAUUCUACUUCUUGGUACAUUUUGUAGUAAUAUGUUUAAUAUAAUCAAAUUGUCAGCCAGAUAGAUGGGCAAUUCUAAACAAAUUCAUAUCCUUUUACCACUUGAAAAUAUUGCAGUGUGUAGUGGGCUCCUGAAGUCUGUCAUUUGUCUCCCUUUUUGUGUAGCAUGUUAUGUUAGAGUUCUUCCCACUUCUGCUCUUCAUAGUAGUCGGGAAUGUGACUUUGGAAAUUACAUUAACAUAAGAAUGAAAAUGUUUGUAAAUUCUUUGCUUUUUUGUUGUGUUUGGAUAAAGAUCCACUUUGAAAUUGC